AUGACCUUUACGCAACAUUUUCCGCGUGACUCCCAUCUCGAUAGAAGCAGCCAGGAGUCAUGGUUGAGUUGGAUGGAGAGGAUGCAGAGGAGGGGAUCAAAAGAAAAUAUGGAAGACGAAGACGAGGUUCUUUAUGAGCUGGAUGAUUUCGCCAUGGCUCAGCUGCCCCGUCAUCUCCAAGAAAACAUGCGAGAAAUACAAAUGGAGCGUUUCAGCAGACUGUCGGCGCAGGACCCAAAUCUUGAGAUACUUGCCAAUCCGCACCGGAUGCACGCAAAUCGUCAACAUACUACCAAUGAAUACUCGACGCAUCCGCCGUGUGUGGGCCAUCAAAACGUCCACAUUGGGGCCGAGACAGGAGAGCGUUUGUUGAACUCAGUGAUGAGAUCAGCCUCCCUUCGUACGAGGCCCCCGAGGCCAAGAAGAGAGAGACCGGUUACUAUCAUGGAAGAUACGUGGAUGCGCGUUGAGGAAAGUUAUCAGUAUGAUGACUAUACCAUGGCUGACAUGGGCCCGAGUCUCGCGCCUCAUGAGUAUCGCGCACCUCUAGCGCCGUCAUCAGGAAGAAGAGCGAGGCGUUCAGUAAGUGAUGGGUUCCUCCAACCGAGCCACUUUCACGCACGAGGAAGGACUGCUGGAGGUCAUCGCCGCGGUCAUGGAAACACGUUCAGCCCGGGCUUGGGGAAGAAAGCAUCACGACUUAUGUCAAGGAUUCGUGUUCCUGUCAAAAAGAGCUUUUGCGCACUGAGGAGAUUCUUGAAGAAAGAGACAUAA